AUGCCACGCAGCCCGAGGGUGAAACGGCGCGAGACGCGGCGCGUGUGCUGCGAGGUGUGCGGCAAGGUUUGUCGCGACACGUACAAGCUGCGUUCGCACUGGGUGCGCCACUUCCCUGAGCUGUGCAACUUCACGUGUGACAUCUGCGGCUCGAGCUUCUUUGAGAAGCAGAACUUGCGCGACCACAUGAUCCGGCGGCACCACUUUGACCUGGCGCCGCUUUACUGCCAGCACUGCGGCCGCCAGUUCUUUGACGCGCGCCUCCUCGAGCGCCACGUCCAGCGCAUCCACAUGGGCGUGGCCGCGCCGGCCCCGUUCAAUUGCGCCGUCUGCAGACGCAGCUUCCAGCACCGCUUCCACCUGGACCGGCACAUGCACACGCACACCGGCGAGAAGCCGUUCGCGUGUGACCUGUGCGGCGCCUGCUUCGCCGACACCUCCACCGUCCGGCGCCACAAGAUGGGUGUCCACAAGUGGCUGCCCCACCGAUGCGAUGUGUGCGACCAGGGCUUCUCCAACAAGUGGGGCCUCAGCAACCACAAACUCAACGUGCACAUCACCAAAAGCAACGACCAAUGA